GGGCGUUUUUCGUGCAAAACAAGCGACGAAGAGAACACAAGAGCUGUCAACAAAAGCUCUCAUGAAAAUGCUGCUCUCAACCCGAAUAAUAACGAGCUAAAUUUUACCACUGACCACUAAAAUCGACCGAUUUAACUAGAUUCUCACAAUGGCAGAUGGAAACACUCUUUCCGGUGUAAAUGUUGUGCUUGUUAUGGCCUACGGCAGCUUGGUGUUUGUGCUGUUGUUCAUCUUUGUGAAAAGGCAGAUCAUGCGCUUUGCUAUGAAAUCUCGCAGAGGACCGCACGUCCCGCUGGGUCACAACGCACCAAAGGAGCUGAGAGAGGAGAUCGAUUCCCGUUUGUCAAAAGUGAACGACAUUCGUUAUGAGCCCCAUCUACUCUCUAAAGAUGACGAUCGACUGAAGCAUCAGGGCCAGAAUGGUUGUUAUAAUUAUCUCUUCAGAAUGCAAGCGUUAGAUGCCAUCAGAGACUCCGAUAUCCCGUCUCGUGAGUUGGGUUGCAGUGCCAGCGCUCUGACGGGCCGCCGCUACAGGAACUGGCUGCAGGACCUGCGAAACUCUCACUCUCUGCUCAAGUCAAAUCACAGUUCACUAAUAGAUCGCUUACUGGAGGGCUACGACAAUGCUCGCCAUGGGACGGGGGUGUUUGGUGAGGCAGAGUUUGUGAAGUAUAAGGAAGAUCUGGCUGAACUGGCUGCUCUUGUAAAGACCCACUCCAGCAGCACCAGUCUAAACCAGCAGCACCAGUCAGCAGCUAAAGAUCUGACCAGCUCUCCCGGCCCUUCGUCUGCCUCUACCAUUCAGGUCACGUACCUGCCGUCUACCGGACAGCGCAGCAAGAGGCCCAAACACUUCCUGGAGCUCAAAAACUUUAAAGACAACUAUAACACACUAGAAAGCACACUUUAGAGAAUGAAACCCUGUUUGAGGAACUGUGUAAAUACAACUCAAAACUGUAAUUCAGAAGUGUUCAUUGCUCACUGGAUACUCCUUUAUGUAGAAAUGAAAACAGUGGGACAUGCAGUAAAAUGGACUCAAAUCACAUCGAGAAUGUGAGAAUGAUUUAAUACAUGACAAAAUCUGUGGGAUAAAUGUCAAUGCAACUGCUUUGAGAGCAAUGCGAGAAUGUUAUGGUUGUAGUUUUUUAAUGUUUUUCUGAUGGAGCUGACAGGAAGAGCUUUUUUUCUAAUGUUAAAAGUCAGUUUAUCAGUUUUUAUUUGCAAGAAUGGCCUUUUAAUGCGAAUAGGGAGUGUAAUGUUUAUAUCUUUAUUGUACAAAGAGAACCAAUAAAUCACCGUUUAGCUGAGAUAAAAUUUUUUGGAUG